CCCAGGUUAAAAAGGUAUACAAGGCGCAACUGAAAUCUUCCUUCUGCAUCCGCUUCUCUCCAUCCUCAUUCUGUCUAUUCACCUCGUUUAGACAUUUCCCCUUCCAUCCCCCUCACACACAUUCACAAUGGCCAAGUCCAAGACAAAGGAGAGCAAGAAGGCUAAGGCCGCUGAGCCCCUCGCUGCCGUCAAGGCCGGAGGCAUCACCAAGCCCUCCAAGACCACCAAGGCCAAGUCCAAGGAGCUGGCCAAGUCUGCCGCUAAGAAGCUCGUCAAGGAGAAGGACUCCAAGAAGAAGAAGAAGGCCGAGCCCGAGUCUGAGUCUUCCGAGUCCGAGUCUGAGAGCGAAGCCGAGUCCUCUGACGACUCCGACUCUUCCUCUGAGGAGGAGAAGAAGGUCACCAAGAAGGCCACCACCAACGGCAAGGCCAAGGCCAAGGCUCCUACCCCUUCUUCCGACUCUGAGUCCGAGUCUGACUCUGGCUCCGACGACUCUGGCGACUCCGACAGUGAGUCUGAGGAGGAGGAGAAGCCCAAGGCCAAGGCCACCAAGGUCAACGGUACCGCCAAGGCUGCCGCUAAGAAGGCUGAGUCCUCUGACUCUUCCGACUCUGAGUCUGGCUCUGACUCCGACUCUGACGACGAGUCUGAGGAGAAGGAGGAGAAGAAGCCCGCCGCCAAGGUUACUGAGAAGAAGGCCGCUUCCUCUGACGACUCGGACGACUCUGAUGAUUCCGAGGAGGAUUCUGAUGACAGCGAUGACAGCUCUGAGGAGUCUGAUGCCAAGGCCAAGACUGAGGAGGCUCCCUCCAAGAAGCGCAAGGCCGAGGACGACAUCGACUCCGAUGAGGCUAAGAAGACCAAGACUGAUGCUCCCACUACCCUCUUCGCUGGUAGCCUGAGCUGGAACAUCGAUGACGAUGCCCUCUACGAGGCCUUCAAGGAGUUCAAUGGUCUCGUCGGCGCUCGUGUUGUCACUGAGAAGGGAACUGGCCGCAGCCGUGGCUUCGGUUACGUCGACUUCAACGACCCUGAGGGUUGCACCAAGGCCUACGAGGCCAUGCAGGGUUUCGAGCUCGACGGCCGUGCCCUCAACCUCGACUACGCCAACGCUCGCCCUGCCGAUGCCAACCCCGCGGGCCGUGCUGCCGACCGCGCCAAGCGACACGGCGACACCCUCAGCCCCGAGAGCGACACUCUCUUCGUUGGUAACCUGCCUUUCGACGUUGACCAGGAUGCCGUCCGUGAGUUCUUUGGCGAGGUCGCUGAGGUUGCCAGCGUCCGACUUCCCACCGACCCUGACUCUGGUAACCUGAAGGGUUUCGGUUAUGUCAGCUUCAACUCUGUUGAGGAUGCCAAGGCUGUCAUUGACGCCAAGAACGGUGCCCCUAUCGGCAACGGACGCAUGUCUCGCAGCGUCCGUCUGGACUUUGCCAGCAGCCGACCCCAGCAGGGCGGUGGUGGCGGCGGCUUCGGAGGUGGUCGUGGAGGCGGUCGCGGUGGCGGCCGUGGUGGUUUCGGUGGCCGUGGUGGUGGUGGUCGCGGUGGUGGUCGUGGACGUGGCGGUCGUGGCGGUGGUCGUGGUGGCUUUGGCACCGGUGCUAACAGCACUCCUGCCAGCUACUCCGGCACCAAGAUCUCGUUCGACUAAACGUGGGCUCAUGCAUAAUACUGCAGACCGAGUGGGCAUUUGGCGGGUUUACCAUUAAAGUGGGCUUUGUGGGCUGUCGUUUCAACACAAGUUAUACCUCCCUUGAGGAGUAGUGGGCUUUGAGAAUACGCUUCACAUCCAUGGAUGUGAAGCCAUGAUAGACCUGGGGGCAUAUACACUUGGGGACCGUGGGCUCGUGGCAUCUGGCAAAGACGCCAUCACUGGCGACUACGGCUUUUUGAUGUUGGGUUUUGAACAAGUCUGUCGACAAGAUGGACACCACGUGGGCUUCAUGAGGGAUUUGACGGCUCUUUGGGAAGAUUCUCCCCCAGUCUUUUGUAAAGAAGACAGGACGGAGUGGACCAAGUCGGUUCGUGCGAAUGCUCUGAGGGUCCUGGGGGCUUUUCGAAACGCAACGGAACGACCUACGUUGCCUCGCCUGACUUGAGCUUCAGUUGACGAUGACCCUGCCUUUGACGACCACCCACCCUAAUUCCUUAAUCACCCUGUUCAUGUUCAGUUGCCAUCUGGGAUUUGUUUCUUCUGGUUGAUGUUGGUAAGUAUACCACUGCCGCGUUGCUCUCGAGGGGCACCGGCAUCCGUCCACAUGUACGAGGUAGAGGGCGUAAUAAAAGUUGAUCAUUUUAUUCCAAUGACUUUGGUGUCUUUAAUG